GAAAUAGAAUAUGUUCUUCGAAUUUAUUCGGCGUGUGAUUUGAGAACUCCACCAGCAGACAAACAAUGAAGGCUAUCGUGAUUAGCGAGCCCGGCGAGGCGGAAGUUCUUCAAUUGCAGGAGGUUGACGACCCAAUAAUCAAGGACGAUGAGGUUCUGAUCAAGGUGGAAGCCACUGCCCUGAAUCGGGCCGACACGUUACAGAGGAAAGGCCUCUAUCCCCCGCCCAAGGGUGCCAGUCCGUUUCUGGGCCUCGAAUGCUCUGGGAUCGUCGAAGCCGUUGGGAGAAACGUCUCCCGCUGGAAGAUUGGCGAUCAGGUAUGUGCUCUUCUUGCUGGAGGCGGAUAUGCCGAGAAAGUGGCUGUCCCAGCCGGGCAAGUACUUCCAAUUCCACCUGGUGUUUCCUUGAAGGAUGCUGCUAGUCUUCCGGAGGUGGCAUGCACCGUUUGGUCGACUGUGUUUAUGACAAGUCGAUUAUCGAGGGGAGAGACAUUGUUGGUUCAUGGAGGCUCAAGUGGAAUUGGUACUUUUGCCAUUCAGAUAGCUAAAUACCAAGGAGCAAGAGUAUUUGUUACUGCAGGUAGUGAAGAUAAAUUAGCUGUCUGCAAAGACCUUGGAGCAGAUGUGUGCAUCAAUUACAAAACUGAAGAUUUUGUUGCACGAGUGAAAGAAGAAACAGAUGGAAAAGGUUUGUCUUUAAAGGUUCCAUUUCCGGAAUGCUUGUUCCUUCCUAAGAUUGCAGCUCUGAAACUUUAUGCCUUGACAGGUGUGGAUGUUAUUCUCGAUAGCAUUGGAGCCCCAUACUUUCAGCGCAACCUUGAAAGCUUAAACUUAGAUGGAAGGCUUUUUAUUAUUGGAACCAUGGGAGGAGCAGUAACGCAGCUAGAUUUUCGCAGUUUGUUUGCGAAACGCCUCACUGUGCAGGCGGCUGGGUUGCGAAACCGAUCUCUUGAGAACAAAGCAGUCAUUGUUAGUGAAGUUGAGAAGAUAGUUUGGCCAGCCAUUGCAGCAGGCAAGGUGAAGCCUGUGAUCUUCAAGUAUCUUCCAUUGUCAGCAGCAGCAGAAGCCCACAAGCUGAUGGAGAGUAGCAAACAUAUUGGGAAGAUACUGCUUGCUCCAUGAUGGACAUGGAUUGUCAAAAUAUGCACCUUGUUGUUGUUAUUUCCUUUAAUUGCACUUUGUUGAUCCAACUCCAAGAGAAAACGAUUAAAAUUAGAGAGAAAUGAAAUAAAUCUCAGUUUGAAAUAA